AUGCUGAAGAAGUUACAGAAAGUUCCUCCGAAGGAAGUCCGAGAGACCUUGAUGAUAAGCUACGAGGGAUUAGAACCAACGCAGCAGAAAGUGUUUCCGAACAUAGCGUGCUUUUUCAUCAAAGAAGACAAGAAAAAUCCAAUUUUCAUGUGGAGCAAUUGUGAAUACCAUCCUCAUAAUGCAAUCAGAGUUCUCCUUCUCCCAUCUUUGUUAAAGAUCGGAGAUGAUAAUAGGUUUUUGAUGCAUGACCAAGUCAGUGAUCUUGGAAGACACAUUGUCUAUGAGGAGAAUUGCAGAUUUCCUGGCAAGCGUAGCAGGGUAUGGAUUCCUGAGGAUACAUCGAACUUAUUAAGGAAUAAGAAGGCAAGUGAAGAAGUAGAAGCAUUGAGUCUGAGCUUUAAUGGUCAACGUAAUGGUAGUGGCUAUACCUUCACUGGUGAAGAAUUACAGAGCCUGCGGAAUCUGAGGUUCCUCCGGGGGAAAGGGUUGAAUUUCGUUGGAGUGAUCAACAUACCUGAUUCCAUCGGAAAUCUGAAGAAACUCAAAAUCAUCAGGAUGCAAAACACUAAGAUACGUAAGUUACCUGACGCAAUCGGGCAAUUGGAGAUGCUACAUUGUCCAGAGUGUCAGAGCCUAUCCGGAGAAAUCCCAUGUGACCUUGGGAAUUUGUCCCGUUUUAAGGAUUUUGGACUUAUCAGGCACUCACAUCUCUGGAUUGCCAGCCAAAAUCAGUCGUCUCCCUGGCCUCGAAGAACUUCUGUUGAAGGAGUGCCAGGAGCUUCGACAAGUGCCAGAGCUUCUCUCAAGUAUAAGCUCAAGGGUCCUUGCCAGUCUGAGGAACUUCUCUCCGCUUGGAAGAUCAUAGAAUCCAUCGACCGGCUUCCAUCUAUUUUGUCAACCUUGCAUCUCACGGAUGUCUCGCCGCCGCAGCGGUUUUGCAACUUCAGGAACCUGUCAAGUCUCUUCAUUUCUAGCUGCUCCAUGGCACAUCUCCCAGUGCUUGAACACUUGGAGAAGUUGAGGGAAAUGUCCAUAAAAGUCUGUCCAUCCCUUGAGAGGAUACCUGAUCUGUCAUGCUUGAAGAAUCUAGAAAACUUGUAUCUGUCUGAAUUGGGAAGUCUUGUUGAGAUACAAGAUCCGGGGGAGUUGGAAUCCUUGGAGUCACUAGAGAUCAUCUGCUGUGAGUCAUUAGAAGGAUUACCUCAUCUAUCAAAGUUGGCAAAGCUCAAACCUUUUGAGCUACCCGACUGCCAAGUGCUACGGACCAUCGAGGGUCUCAGUCAUCUACAAUGUUUGAACCAUUUGACGAUCAUGGUUGCAUGUCCCUGGAAAGGUUGCUUGAUUAUCCAAGGUCGACCAAGCUAG